AUGGACCCAGGAGAGAAGCGUGGCGGUAAAGGAGAAGAUGGCGAAGAUCAGGGAGCGCAGCAGCUCGACGGGACGCCAAACAACGGCCAGGCGUGGCGGAACGUCUCCGCCCCGCCUGAGUCAGCCGGUGCGUCGUCUCCGGCUCGUUCUUCGCCGCUUCUGUCGGAGUCUAUAUCUCCUCGCCUAGCGACUGCUUGCUUUUCUCCGUGCCCGUCUCUUCAAUUGUCGCCCUCUUCUAUUCUCGCAUCGUCGCCUCCGCUUCCUUCCGUCUCCUCUUCUUCACCCGCAGCCUCGUCGACGCCUCCGCCUGCGACUCCGUCCGAAAGCGACGCGCUCCCUGGCCCAGACGCGGCUCAGGUGGUGGAACGUCUUCGCAAGGAGAAGGCGGAGGCGACGGAGAUCUUUGCAGAGACCCUCUCGCGUUACGACGAAGAGAUUCGGUUUUUGAAGGCUCAGUUGGCGGCUGCGACGGCGGGCUCGCGUCGUCGCUCUCAGGCGAGCCGCGGCGUGGCGCAGGCUUCAGGCUCAGCCAAAGCCCCGGCGUCCAUGUCGCACCGCCGUUCCUCUUCCUCGCUCUCUUUCGUCUUCUCUUCGUUCCACGGGUCUUCCGCGUCCUCUGAGUCUCGCCAGCGCGGGAGCCGGAAAGAAGACGCCGACCUCCAGCCCGUUUUCUUUUCGGGGUCGGCGUUGCAUAGCCGGCAGCGCAAGAAGGCGACGUCGCUCUCGGCGCCCUCCUCAUGUUUUUCGCUCCCGGAGGGCCUGCCAGCCUGCACACGCCCGCUGACUGCGGCCGAGGAAGACCUGAACGCGUCGCCCUCUUCCUCUGCGUCGGGGGCGUGGCUUCCAGGGAACUCCUCGGAAGACGCGAGGACGCCCGGCCGAGAGGGCGACUCACCUUCUCUUCUCUCCGGCUCCAAACGAGUGGAGAGAGGGGUCGUGGAGUCUCCAGACACGUCAACGCUGGCCGCUGGGAGCGGGGAGCCGAUGCUUCCUUUUUCAGGAUGCGGCGAAGACCUGGCGCAGCUCCCUAAGAGCCAACCGGAGGCCGCUGGAGCGGACGCAUUUUCGGCGGCCUCUGCGGGGUCGCAGAAAAGCGGGAAUUUCCUGCCCCUUGCGCGGCUUCGGACGAGCGGAAGCAAAAGUGGGAUUGCGCCACUCUCCAAUAAAAUCAGUCACAAAGCAGCAAAACUCUGCGCAGAAACCGUCCCUCGGAGCGACGCCGCAGCAGCUGAGGCCGAGGACGGAGCGCGGUGUCCAUCCACCGCAGACAGUGCACAGAGUGAAGGAGUCGCGAAGCGCGAAGAACGGGGGGAGGUUCACACGGACGCCAUCCGAGAGGACGCCAGUCCCAAGCCCUCUCUCCAGCGCAUGGCGAGCCGAAUGACUGCGGCGAUGGUCGCCAAAAAGUUUUACGGCAUAGGCCGCCGGGCGUCGGGUCUUUACCAGAGCGCGACGCACAGCGCGGCAGACCUGUCCAGGUCGUCUUCUUCGCUCUCUUCCUCUGCGUCGUCUCGCACUUCCUCUUCUUCUUCUCCGGCCUCCUCUUCUUCCUCGGCAUCUCCCUUCUUGCAGGGGGCCCCCUGCGGCGAGGGCGAGAUCUCCGCGGCUGACGCGGCGCGCAAUGCCGCGUCCCGAUCGGAGAAUGCGAACUCCAGCGACGCCGAAGAGGCGUCUGCUGAACCUGGUGAAGACCUCACACGGGCCCUGUCGUCGGAGGCGCCGCAAAACGCCCACAACGAGGCGGCACGCGCCGCUGAGCAGCCUCGGGGAGCGAAGCUCCUUUCUCUGGUGGCGGAGACCGGCAGUGGCAGAGAGAGGGGCGUGGAGGACGCGGCGCCGCUGCUGCACGGGGCUGUUAGGUCUGCUGGCGCGGCGUCGCAGGCGGAUAAAGGCGAGGAGGGGAGUGCGUUCUGCUUGCCGGGGGAGGUAGAGUCGCCCGCGAAGGACGAGAAGCCGCUCUGCAGGAGUCUGACGACGCCCGCGGCCUCCUCUUCGGGCGAAGCGGGCGAGCGCGGCAGCAGCGGGGGUGUGUCGCGGUCGUGGCGCACUCUCUUGUUUAGUCGCGACAAGUCUGCAGCGCGUUCGUCCUCCUCGCUCUCCGGACCGUCUCACGCUGGCGGCGUGAGCGGGGCCGGCGGCGUGGCGAAGGCGCAGGUGGCGCGCGCCGGCGGUGUGGCGUCGGGCUUCAGCUUCGCGGGCAGCGGCGCGAGCAAGCGGCGACGUGAGAAGGGAGACGAGGAGAUCGCGCAGCUGGCGUCGCGGUUCCUCCGCGAUCCGGCGUCGCAUUACCUCCCGAGCGGCCUGCGGUUUCGCGGCGCGCGCAGUCAGCGCAGCUGGCGCGAGGAGGCACGAGGGGACAGCGCGAUCGACGCGAGCGUGCUUUCAACGGCAACCUGGAUCGACGUCAUCUUGCCCGACUGGAGCAAGCAGCGCGGCUCGGCUCGCUUCAACAAGCUGCUGCACGCGGGCGUGCCUCACGACGUCCGCGGCGAGGUCUGGAAGAAGGCCGUCGGCGACCAGCUUCACAUCACACCGCGCCUCUACGAGCUGCUUCUCAAGCGGGUCCAGCACGUCCGAAGCUUCUUGAUGGCCUCCAGCCGCAGAUACCGCGACCGCAUCAACGAAACGAUGCGCGCGGACCAAGACGAGUCUUCGGCGACGAGCCGAGGCGGCAACGCCGAUCGCGCGGGAGAGAAAGACCUCGCCGAGGGCGGGGGGCAGCGUGGCGCGGUGGGCGAGGAGGCGAGCGAGAAGACAGAGACGAAUGAGGCGGAGGGAGCAGGUUGCGAAGAGGACAAUCCGACUCCCGCGGACAGAGACGCUGCCGUGAGCGCCGAAGGAGUGGAGGGGGGAGAGGACGCCCGGAGUGGCACCAGUUGUCCGCAACAGGAAGGAUCUAGGCAGAGUGCAGAGGAGACGCAAUUGCCGUCCGCGGAGAGAGACGGUCAAGGCGACGACGCGCCCAAGGGACAGGAUGGAGGGGAGGGUGGAGGCUCGCGGAUUCUCUCCUCUGCGUUCUGUCGCGCUCGCUGCACUUGUCGCUGCUCCUGCGAAGCAUGCAAGAGCUGCAGCAGUCGAGGCACACGGUCGCCGCUAAAGGCCUCGCCCUCGUCGUCAGCGUUUGCUUGCUGCGCAUGCGGCUUUUUCAACUGGGAGCCUGACGUUUUUUCCGCCUUCCAGACGAUCGCAAUGGACCUUCACAGGACGCUGCCUCGGCUGGGGGCCUGCAAGGCGCGGCCGUCGCCGCAGGAGCCCAGCCGAGAAGAGGCGCGCGCGACAGUGAGCAGAGAAGAAAGCAGCGGCGAACGAAGUGAAGGCGACCAGCGACCGGGCGCCACGGAAAGCGAAGCAGAAAGGUGUUCAACUGGAGAAAAAACUGAGGAAGCAGCCAGCCGAACCGGAAGAGAGGCGAAGGAGGAAGGAGGCGAAGCGCGGCGGACGCGUGAGGAGGAGGCAGGAAACGAGCCGAGCCGGCAGGGAAGCGAUCCGAGGCACGAAACAUACAGAGGGGAAGAAAACGCAACCGCGGAGGAAGCGGGCGGCGAGCUUCUUCACAGCGACGCGGAGAACGCAGAGACGCCUCUGGAGGAGAAGGGGAAUGCAGAGGCCGGCGCAGUGGCGGGUGAAGAGGGAAGCGGAAAAGACGAGAAAACAGAACAGAGCGACGCCCUUUCGGUAAAGGACGGCAAGGCGGAGCUAUUUGAGAAGGGCUCCAAGGGCGCGGGCGACGAGCGGCGGGAGAGGACGCCUUUCUUCUCGUUUGUCUUGCUCCCGAAGGAAAGCGAGUCCCACGAAUCCUCCGAGGGCGUGCGCGGAUCGGCCGACGUCAAGCCCCUCGACGCCGCUGAGGCGCCUCCCGACCCUCCGGAAUCGAAGGCGAAGGUCGGCAAGGCGCGAGAGGAUGAGGAGGAAGUCUGCAGGCCGCUUCCUUCACGCGUCAUCGCUGCAAAGUCGGCCGAGUUGGUAGACAAGCAAGCAGUCCAGCCUGUGCCCUUUGGCGUGCCUGCGAGCCACAUGAUGUACGAGUAUCUGCGCUGCGUGUUGGAGGCGUAUGUCAUGUUUCGACCCGACGUGGGCUACGUGCAGGGCAUGGCUUAUCUGGCGGGCGCCUUCCUGCUCUACAUGGACGAAUACUCUGCAUUCGUCUGCCUCUGCAACCUCCUACUGCGGAGGUCGCUGCAAGCUUUCUACACCUUCGACAUGGCCGUCGUCGACCUUUACUUCCGCUCGUUUGACGCACUCAUGGAGGAGAAGCUGCCUCACGUGGCGGCGCGCUUUGCCGAGCUCGGGAUCAACAGCGACAUCUUCCUUGUUGAGUGGAUGUAUACGCUCUUCACACGGUGUCUGCCUUUCGAAAUCGUCGGGCGCGUGUGGGAUCUCUUCCUAGUGGAGGGCGACACAGUGCUUUUCCAGACCUCUUUGGCGAUCCUCGCGUAUUUCCAAGACGAGCUCGAGAACGGCACCUUGGAGAACUGUAUGGCGAUUGUUUCAUCUUCCACAACGACGCACUUCCAGGCCAUGGAUGAGAAUCGUUUUUUCUCUUGCUUCCAUGGCCUCGCGUUGACGGGGGAGCAAGUCGAGGCGGUCAUGGAUCGCGUCGCGGGUGCACUCUCACGUCAGCGCCACCAGCAGCAGGCAUCGCGCCACGCUCGCGGACCGUCUCAGCCUUCGCCGAGUUCUGCGUCUCAGCAGCGCAGGUCGCCGCUCUCCUCUGCGUUCUCCCUCGCCUCUUCGGCGCCGCCCUGCGGGUCUUCCGUGGCGUCUGCCGCCUCCGCGUUUUCGUUCACGGCCUUCGUCUCGCAUACGAAGCCCAGCAGCCAGGCUGGCCCCAGCGACGCGGCGAGCCGACAGGGCGCGGAGGCCACCGCAGAAGAGGCGGAGGGCCGCAGCGGCGAAGCAGACGAUCGGGCGCGAGACCCCAGUGGUGGGUCAGGAGACCCUGGGGGAGAAGGAGACGGGCCGCGGAGCCCAGGCGCGGCGGCGGCGUCGGGGGAGGCGGCCAACGCGGGGCUGGCGACGAGCGGCAGCAACGGCGGAGAAAAGGAGGAGAGAGAGAGGGAGAGGGGGGCGAAAGCCAGGCGAGGAGACCGUUUUCUUAAGAGCGCAACGACUAUCUUCUGGUGA